CGGGGCUCAUAUUAUUGGAGGUUCCAGGAGUUUGCACUUCACUUAAUAGAAAGUGUUCUUAGCCAUUUAUCUGUAGACUCGAAAACGUAUGAUGAACUGACUGCCUUGUUAUAUCCGGAGGGUCCCGCGCGUGUCACGGUUGCUUUCUAAACCUUUCCUUUCCCACCGCCAACAUGGAUCACAUGGAUAUGACAACCACAGACAUGGACUCAAUGUCCAAGACAAUGUCAAUGCCAUCCGCAACCAGCACCUCCAUGGGAGGCAUGGGAGGCAUGGACCACGGCGACAGCAUGUCCAAAGACGGCAUGUCGAUGCCGAUGUACAUGUCUGAAAUGGCCAUGACCUUCUUCACCUCGACCUCCACCCCCCUCUACUCCAACUCCUGGAUGCCCUCCAACCGGGGCCAAUACGCAGGCACCUGUAUCUUCCUCAUCGCGCUGGCCGUGAUCUUCCGCGUCCUCCUCGCUCUCCGACCGAUCCUCGAAGCCCGCUACUGGUCCAACCGCCCCGCACCGCUCUCCCCGCCGUCCGAAUCCUCCGUCGAAAAGGGCGUCGAGGUGAGAGAAGUUCCUGCAGAAGUCGGUGGCAGUUUCUGGGGUGAUAUUGGCAAGGCGUGGUCCGGGUGGCGGGUGAAUUCUGCAGGGGCACGCGCGACGUACGAUCUUGUCGUGGCUGGUGUUGGAUACUUACUGUGAGUGUAUCUUUGGGGCGGGACCUGUGGGAUGUCUUCGUUUCGAUCACUAACUUCGUGGGGUUCACAGGAUGCUUGGAGUUAUGACGAUGAACGUGGGAUAUUUCAUUUCUAUACUGGCAGGCGUCUGGUUUGCGACAUUUAUUCUAGGCGGGUUGGCUGCUGCCAGUCAACUCUCCCAUUGAUAAAGCGGUGAAGUGAGAAAUCCAGCACGAAGGUUGCGAUACACCUUAGUGUAAAGAAAGAUGCUCAUUCUGGAUCGCUUCAUGUUCGGACAUGCUGCGCGGAAUGGUUGUCUUUCAUGUAUAU